UUGACUUUGUGGCUGUGGUAACUAGUGAACCUCCCCAUGCCCACGGAUUUGCGAUGACGUAGAGACAACAAACAGUUGUUGGACUUGAGUAAGCUAAUGCUAGCUAGCACACGGACGAGGAGAUAAAACAGCAUAUUUGCAUUCAAGCACUUCUCGGGGGAACGUCAAUAAGCGGCACGUCUUUGUUUUACAGUAACAAUCGAAAAGGAGAGUAUUGCUCUACAGUUAAAUCAUUUUGGGCACGAACUAAAACAUGCUCCGGACUAUGACGCUUGUUUUUUCCUUGCCUAUUCGGGGAUUGCGAUGCGAGGUGCUCCGGUGAGACCGCGAGCGACAUUAGGAAAUCAUUUUUAAUGUUUUUUUUUUAAAUAGAAUGAUAAACUCGAAAACAAAGCAUUUGGGUCUACCGAAAGGUGCAUGAAACUAAACUGUUCUAGAUGUCAUUGUUGGGUAACUACUUUAGCUAGGUAGCUAGUUUGCUUAAUGCAUCGUAUUUUGCUAACGUAAUGGAGGCACCGUGAGCGAAUUGUACAGUUUUAGCUAGUUAGCCAGGUAACGUUAGCUGGUCACCCAGUAUAUAGUUAGAACGUUAGCUAGCUUCCACAUCCACUUUUAGAGCGCGCUGACGAACAAAAUACAGAAUACUUUAACUAAAAACGGCAAAUCUAUGCACUUCAUUAUCUAUCGUGGUUACCUAGCAUUAAAUUAGCUAGCUAAAGAAGUAUAAACUAGAUUGAGACUAGCUACUGUCGCAGGAUAAUACGUUAUUUCUCGGUUAGGAUUUGUUUGUCACAGUCGUUUGACACACGGUGUGUUGCCUUUAGGUCUUGAUAAUUUGACAACUAUUUACAGUUGCUGGACAUGGAAUAUGGUCGAUUUAUCAAAGGUUUUCUGAAUUACAAUUUCAGGCUAUAAAUAUUCCGAACUGCAGGAACGCAUCACGUAUCAAACCAGUCAAGAAAUUAUAUCUUGAAAUAGUUGUGCAUGUGAGCACAAAUAGCUGUUUUGUCAACCAGUUACUUUUAACACUUAGAAUGCACUUUAUAUUGUCGUUGUUGUCAAAACAAAGUUGUAAACAUUCUCGAUGAAAGUACUUAUUUUACAAAUUGUUAGCUAUUUUAGGAACGAAGACCAGCAUUCAAAGGCUAGACUGAAAUCAACCUUGUGUCAAGUGCAGAGUUCUCGAAUCCCGUCAAAUUGCUAGAUCAAUUGCCAACACUACCUUCCUGGAAAUGAAAAUAUGAAUAUCGAGGAGCAAGCUCUAGAUUUGUGCAAUGUCAAAAUGAAGAGUAAUGUCGAUGACAAUACUACCAAUAACUCGGAAGAGAUCAUACCCCGGAUUUCGGAACUGAUGGAUGGAGACUUGUGCAAACAAGGCAUUGGCACCGAGGUCGCCGACACGUCCUCUCUAGCCAGGCUCACUGACAACCCGCGGGGGGAGGACAACCACCGGUCAAAAGAGACACUAGAAAUCGACGAAGUGAACGGGAAUAAGAACAACAGCGUCCCAAAUACCCCUGCAAUUGUCAGUUCUGACUUUGCCAUUUCUAAUGACGACCAAGAUGAGAGUAUCAAGGAUACAACACCAUCGGCCCUCAUGUUUGCUAUUGAGGAAGGGGAUGAUGGUGGGGAUAUGGACAUUAGUGUGGAUUUGAGCCUGGAUGAAAGUGGCAUGUUGGAGUCAGAACCUACAGACCAGGGACCAUCCCUAGCAGAGGAGACAUUCUCAAGCGGUACCAAUCCAGAUUCAUCUACCCCAGAUGUUGUCACGGACAAGGAACCUGAUAAACCCUCAGAACAGGAGGACUCGCCACCUGUCAUUGCCACAGGAGAGGCCCUCUCUCCAGCCCUGGAUGAGGGGGAUGAUAAACACAAAAAUGGCAAGAGGGUGACUUUUCCUUCAGAUGAGGAUAUUGUCUCUGGAGCAGUGGAGCCCAAGGACCCUUGGAGACAUGCCCAGAAUGUGACGGUGGAUGAGAUUCUCGCUGCCUACAGACAGGCCUGCGUGAAACUCAACUGUAAACUCAUCCCCAAAGUGCUCAAACAGAUGCAGGAGCUGAAAGACCUAACUCAUCGAAACGAAUGCCUGGACCUUAAAGGUGAGAAGCUGGACUAUAAGGCGUGUGAGUCCCUGGAGGAGGUGUUCAAGAGGGUCCAGUUUAAAGUGGUGGACCUGGAGCAGACCAGCCUGGAUGAAGAUGGUGCGUCAGCUCUCUUUGACAUGAUUGAGUACUAUGAGUCGGCCACACACCUCAACAUUUCCUUCAAUAAGCAUAUCGGCACCCGCGGCUGGCAGGCAGCAGCCCACAUGAUGAGGAAGACGAGCUCUCUGCAGUACCUUGACGCCCGCAACACGCCCCUGCUGGACCACUCUGCCCCGUUUGUGGCACGGGCUCUCCGCAUCAGCGGCAGUCUUGCUGUGCUGCACCUGGAGAACGCUGGGCUCUCUGGACGACCACUCAUGCUGCUGGCCACGGCUCUGAAGAUGAACAUGAACCUACGGGAGCUGUACUUGGCUGAUAACAAGCUGAACGGCCUGCAGGACUCUGCACAGCUGGGCAACCUGCUCAAGUUCAACUGCAACAUCCAGAUACUGGACCUCCGCAACAACCACAUACUGGACUCUGGUUUGGCCUAUGUCUGUGAAGGCCUGAAGGAACAGAGGAAAGGCCUGGUCACUCUGGUGCUCUGGAACAACCAGCUAACGCACAAUGGCAUGGGCUACCUCGCAGCUGCACUGCCCUGUACCCAGAGUUUGGAGACUCUAAAUCUGGGCCAUAACUCUGUGGGGAACGAGGGGGUCCACAAGCUGAAGGACGGGCUGAUCUCCAACCGCUCGGUGCUCAGGCUGGGCCUGGCGUCCACCAAGCUGUCCUGCGAGGGUGCCGUGGCGGUGGCAGAGUUCAUCGCCGAGAGCCCCCGGCUGCUGCGUCUGGACCUGAGGGAGAAUGAGAUCAAGACGGGGGGCCUCAUGGCCCUCUCCCUGGCCCUCAAAGUCAACACCUCCCUCCUACGCCUCGACCUGGACCGAGAGCCCAAGAAAGAGACUGUGAAGAGCUUCAUCGAUACACAGCGUUCCCUGCUGGCUGAGAUCCAGAAUGGCUGCAAGCGGAACUUCAUCCUAGCCAAGGAGAAGGAGGAGACCGAGCAGCAGAUGCAUUCAGCCUCAAUGGCCGAGAUUGCAACCGAGGACAGAACCGAAGAGGAGGAUGGAGCUGAUUCCGGCGAGCAUGUUGAAAAAGAUGGGAAAGACGGUGAGUGUGAGGGAGGAGAGGAAGGAGUAAAAGACACUGAGAGCCUGACUGACAGCCAAUCGGCAGUGUGCUCUGAGGGAAUAGUGUUGCCUUUGCUGUUGGAGUCAGACUCGGACACAGAUGACGAUGAAGAGGUGGUUCUCUCUAAAGCGCCCCCUGUCCCCAAACACACUGGCCUUUCACUCCGGGCAGCGACAAACCAGCACCCCCUCAGUGCCUCACAGAUGCCAACCGCUCCCUCUACACCACCAGCUACGGGGGCUUUCAUUUCAGGGAUCACCGUCACGGAGUCCACAGGCCCCCCCGGUACGCCCCCUUCGCCGGGCCGCUGUAUCUCUGUGUCGAGCCCCGGGAGGGGCCACAAGAUCUUCAUGGUGACCAGAGUAGAGAGCCCCUCUGACCAGCAGCAGGUUCUGGGGAAGAUUGGCCUGUCCAACCCCCAGGCCUCAAAGGAGCCAGUGGUGUCACUAGUGAAGCAAACCACACAUCGACCACAGCCCCCUUCACAACCCUCACAGGAGGAGGUGAGAACAGAACAGACACAACCCCAGACCACACCACUGACACAGGAGGUGACACAGAGCCUGACAGAACAGACACAACCCCAGACCACGCCACUGACACAGGAAGUGACACAGAGCUUGACAGAACAGACACAACCCCAGCCCACGCCACUGACACAGGUGAGACAGAGCCUGACAGAACAGACACAACCCCAGACCACGCCCACGCCACUUGCACAGGAGCUGACACAGAGCCUGACAGAACAGACACAACCCCAGACCAUGCCCACGACACAGGAGCUGGUCCAGAGUUUCGAUGAAUCACAGACAAUAGAUCCUAAACAGACGGAGCAGAGUCCUGUUGCGCCAGAGGAACCUUCUUCAGAGGAGGCCGUAGUAGAGACUCCUAAUGACCCAUCUGAGACGCUAGAACUACCAUCCAACCUCCUAACCCAACCCACAGAGGAGGAAGUUGAGGGCGUUCUAGACCGUUCACAACCUGUACUGGCGGAGCAGAGCCCAAGAACAGCAGCCCAGCUGUCACACACACCGUCCCUUCCUACAGAAGAUGUAGCCACUCAAUCACUAGCAUCACCCCAACAGACAGAGCAGAUGGUAGAGACAACUACAGAGCCCCGGCUAGAACAGUCUGCUGUUGAGCAGCAGUCCACUGAAGCUGUGCUGGAAGGAGAGGAGGUGGUGGUAGAAAAGGAGGUGAGUCAGGACUCAGUAGAAGAGACAUUUUGUGAACAGGCAGAGUCUCAAACCAGCACAGAGGAAGUUGAGAUGCAGUCAGAACGGCUUCCACAGCAGGAACAGGCUAGCGACACAGUUCAGCAACCGUUAGUGCCUCAGCUAGCGAUGCAGACGAACACUAAGCCCCUGGGGGGUCUGCUUCUAACAGCACCACUCAAGUCACAGCCUGAAACAGUGCAGCCAGACUCUGAGCUUCUGCCCCCAGAACAGGAACCGGCAGAGACACUUCCACAGGCACACCGACAGGUGGUGCCAGAGAGUCCCUCUGAGCAGGGAGCCACAGAGAGUGAAGCAGAACAGGAACUAUAUCUGUCAGAGGAGGAGCAGCAGCAACUAGCACAACAGGCACUUCCUGUGCAGGUGGAGCACCAGCAACAACAACGUCCUGUUCUAGAGCAACUACAGCAGCAGCCUCCCCAACCAGAGGGGCAAUCACAGACCACCCUUCCCGCCGAGCCCUCACCUGUUCCAGCCGAGACAGACACUUCUCUGAAGGUGGAGGGCCGUAGCUCCCCUCCCAAGGCAGAGGAGUCCCCAGACGAGAGCUCCACAGACGAGGGGGAGAGCGUGGAGGAGAUGAUGGGCUCGGCCCUGCCCAACGGCCUGAAGCCAGAGUUUGCCCUUCACCUGCUGGAUACCGAGGGCCCCAAGCCUGGGCCUGGCAGCUGUGUGAUGGAGCACGUGAGUGUGACAGCAGAGCUGAGCUGUGGUCAGGAUCUGGAGGAGCUGUUGCUGGAGGCCAGCCUGGAGACUGGGAGAGACGCACCAUAGCCCUGUCAUGGUACACCUACACUAACUACAACGACACAUUUGCGUGGUUCUGUAGGGGAGAGGAACACGGGAACUCGUAUCGUCUGUGUCUCGGUGACUCUUGUUGCUCCUACAAUUUUUUUUUCUUCUCCCGUUGUCAUAAUCCCACAACUCACCACCGCCAUGACAACAGAGGACCAGUUUUCAUCUAAGUAAUACACCUAAAAAAAAAUCUAAAAAGACACACAACAAUAAUCAUUGAGCUUCAUCACAGCACGUAAUGAAUGAACUACGUCUUCAACCGAAGUGCGCGCACACACACACAUUUUAAAGAAAGUAAUAUAAAAAAAACAAGAAGAAAGUCACACUAACCUUUUUGCCUAUCACUACAUUCCGUCAAUCAGGAAACCACACUCAUGCAGGUAGCUGGGGGGGUGAGAAAGAGGUAGAGAGGGAAGGAGGGGCUUAAUCACUGCUCUACCCCAAGACACAGGACACACUGCUCACCCCCUGCUCCACCCCGACCUGUGUUCUUGAUAGUGUCGUGAGCGUGCACACUGACACACAACCUUACUAUUGCCCUCUGCUGGAGGAGAGAGAAUGUGCACAGCUGUGUGUGACAGUGUGGGACCCAGCCAAGAGGACCUGCUGGCUUUUUAGUGUGUCAUUCUCUGACAAUGACAGUUGGGCACAGAGGGUUUUAUAACCAAGGAAGGUGUGACAGGAGAAGGCAUUUGUUUUGUGCGUAUUUGUCUUGUUAGUUUUAUUUGCCCCCACCUCGUAAGGGAUCUCUGCCAAAGUGACCGCUUUCUUUUCUGUUCCUUCCGUUGGCUUUGGCCCCCUCAGGAAUUGUCCUCUCUCUCCAGCAAUGCUCUGGAACAUCCAAACCAUCUGUCAUCUGCCAAAAACACAGUGUCUCAAUCAAAACUUAUUUUGGGAUCAGAUAGCAGAAUUAGUCUAAUCUAAAGCCUUCUGGAAACCUCUGUAAAUGUUGGAUAACAAAAUGUCUGCCUUGAUGGAGUAAUGCCAUUCAUUAGAGUAAGCCUACUCUUCUUUUUUUCCUCCCCCGGACAGUUAUCUCAGACAUUCUUUUCCAGACAGAUUUUCAUGUUUGUCCGACCAGAGUGAUUAAAUGUAGUGCGACACUCAAUAGGAGUAUAAAGAAAAAGUAGUUCUGACUUUGUCUUUCGUGUCCUCCCCUCUUUCUUUCAGUCUUCUGCUGGUACAACACUGUGCCAUCUCAUUUCCCAGCUCUACGCAGGAUUAAUGUUGCCUUCGACUCGGCUAGGUUUAAAUUUCAUCUCCUUUUAUUUUGCUGCUUGGAGAAAUCAGUCGUUUGUAUUUAUUUUAUGAGCCUUUUACUUUGUGAGAUUUAUUGUUCUCCCCUUCUCUCCCUCUUUUUAUUUGUUAUUUUCCAUGGGGUUUGCUUUUAAAGAUUUCCCCCCUUUUGGUGUAUAUUUCAGAUUCAAAUUAGAGCAAUUAUUACGUUGAGGUUUUUUUGGAGGGGGGGGGGGAAUAAAUGAGACUGCUGGGUGGAGGGAUCAACGGUUAUGGCAAUAGGGAGGGAGAGUGCAGUUAUGAAAAUAAACGAAAAGGACGUUUUCUUAAGGAGGGGCAGUGUGAGUGGUGGUUGACAUCACUCUGACAACACACUCACUGAGAGACUAUCCCUGUUUUGAGACAUCACAUCUUAAACACUACUGUGCUAGGUUAAGCUAUGGCCACCUGGGGGCGCUGGGGCUGCUGGUGGUUUCCUUUCUAGAUAUAGAUAUACUGUAUUACCCAACAGCAGUUACUGCUUAAGACUUUUGUAGGCAUGGAGGACAUUGAUUUGAACACAACCAGGUGGGUGAAAGUUUGAGUGGACUUCCCAACAACACUGAGAACAUGUGAGCCCUGAAUGCCCAACACUGUGAACCUAUGGGCCAGCUACCAAGGGCCCUAUUCAACUUGUAUCCAAAAGGUUCCCAGGUAAGGUAAAAACGUGCUUUCUUACAGUGCAAGAAGAAUACAAGUUUGACUCAACCGUGGGAUCCUCUGGAUAUAGGUUUUGGUUGAGUAGAGCCUCUUGUUUCAAUCCCUCUGUUCUUUCACCCCUGGUCAACCAGGUUGUUUUUCAACCCAAAUCCUCAUUGCUGUGCUGCCCUCACUAUUUGUAAUGCUUACAUUUUUUUUGUGUCAUUUUUAAUUAUUUGUUAAAUUAAUUGAAAUGUGCUGGUAAUCACAAAGAUAUGUAUGGCAACUUUUUUUGUUCCUCUCUCAAAUAAAUGCAUGUAAUGACUAA